AUGUGCAUCCUCACUCCUCACCACACUUCAGUGCUCAUCCCAUUAGCCACUUACACAGUCUGCAGCUGUGUUAUAUCCUCUCAGGAUUCCUUCAUCAUCCGCCUCUUUACUCCACUCAUUCACCAAGUAUUUUAUUAUCAUCCGUCCACUCUCUCACCAAGCAUUUCACUCAUUCGUUCUCCUUCAAGUUAUGUGCCCUCUCAGUGUUUUAUUGCCAUGCGCAAUAUCUGCAUGGGUCUUUGGGGCUGGGGGAGGUAUAGUGUCCACACUGGUGCGCCUAUCCUCCUCCAAUAUUUUCAUGGGUCUUUGGGGCUGGAGGGAGGUAUAGUGUCCACACUGGUAUUAUUAUAUGGCGCCAAUAUCUAA